UACCGGCAGAGUUCAGUUCUCGUUUGACUCUUGGCGCUGCACGUCAGACCCACGCGCGCGCGCACACCGGUUGACACAACAUGAAAAUAAUAUAUUUUUUUGUAUAAUAUAGUAUUUAAAAGUAACGUCGACACACACCGGUUGUACCUGCAUGAUAUAAUAUAUAUAUAUAUUUUUAAUCACAACUUUAUUACCUACAGUAUCCGUACACUCGAUAUUUUUUUUUACACGUUUUGCGUUUAUUUAUAUUACAUUUGAUACAUUUUAAUAUUUAUUUUUUUCGAUUUUUCACACACACAAACACACACUCACUUGUACACUUAUAUUACCUGUCGAUGUGAUGACACAGACUUUUUGGAUACGAGACCAUCGGUGGAUCUGACAAAUGUACGAGAAUAUAAAAUAUAACUGUCGGCAAUGUUAAAGUGGACCGUGGCCGGACAGAGGGGCGGGGGAACGGCGACGUGGAGACAGACGACGGUGGCCGACGAGUCGCCGCCGUGUUUUUCGGAAAAGCCGCGGCGAAGACGACCAUCCAGAAUGUCGGGCAAACAUGACAAGGAAAACGCUGAGUGUUUGGACGUGAUGACACCAACAGCGAAGACUUGUCGCCGACGACGGCGGGAGAGCUUGAGAGACGUGAGCAACCAUAACAGCCCGGCGGCGGCGGCGUUGCAGAUGUCGCCGGGCGGCAGACGAACGAAAAGUCCCUGCACGGAAGUCCAUUGGAUGCCUGUGCAAAAGAGACGAUCCGGCGACGAUAUUUGUUGGACGGACGACAAGGUGAAACGGAAGAAGCCGUGUACGGCUGACCACGUGAUCUCUACGGCGUACGCGGCUGUCGCGACGUUCGCCUCCACAGCGACAGCAGCCGCAGAAGUCACCUCUACCGUCGCCGUCACCUCCACCACCGACGAGCAGCUGUGCGUGUCCAUGUCGCCUGCCGAAGAACCGGUUCAGCUGUCGCACAAAAAUUUGCCCACGCUGCCGACGGGUCGGCCUCGCAGUCCGGGUGACCUGCGCGCGUCCAGACUGAUCGACCGGUACGUGGAUCAGAUCCGCAUGGACGACGUCACGUUCGUCCGCGGAAACAACGAACGGCUCAGCAUCGUGUCGCCGCUGGCCAAACGGCUUGCGGAGAUCCGGUUGCGUCGAUCUCCCGGGACAACGACGACGACGGAGGCCUGCAAACGAAAACGAUCGUCGUCCGACUGCGAAGACGACUGGCCGGAGACGCCGAUCGCCGGCAACAAACGGCCCGUUGCCGCGUGGUGGUGGCAGUGCUCGGGCGGCGUCGGUGGCGGCCUAACUCUGCCCGACGGUCUGCCCAGUCCGUUCCACUCGACGCUCAACCGUCACCGCGUCGGCGGCCCACUUCACCAGCGGCGGAUCGGGACGCCUAGCCCCAUAACGCCGCUUCACCGGCAGUCGGCCGCCGACGAUUCCGACGACUAUUGGAAGACGCCCGUCGGACCGUCGCUGGCCACCGGCGUCCGCUUCGAUCGGCUGCUGUCCACCACGUCGUCCACAACCGUCGACGACGAGAUCAUCUGCUGCAGCGAUCCGCGCAGCCCGGCCGUGCUCGACGAGACGUUCACGCUCAAGUCCCGCAGGUGUCUGUCGUUCGUCUCGCCGCCGCCGUCUGAUUCGUCGGCCAAAAAGCGGAACCGGAAGUCACUGAAAAAACCGUCUUCCGCCACCGCCGACAAAGCUUCCGGCCUAGAGGUAUCCAUUGAACUGAAAGACUCGACACACUUAACCGUAUUACUUAAAAGAGGCAGAAAUCUGGUGUGUGCAGACGGUGAACCACCAAACACUUAUAUAAAGGUUUACUUAGUACCCGGCAAAGGAACUUGCCACAAGACCCGAGUGCGGCACAAUUCUACCAACCCUCGUUUCGACGAAUCUUUUUCCGUACCACUCUCCGAAGAAGAUCUGGACAAGAGAAUAUUGAUAUCCGCUUGGCACCGAGACAGAUCUAAAAGGAGGAGUGAGUUCCUGGGCUACAUGUCGUUUGCGGUGAAAAACGUACUCAAAAAAGAAAUAAACGGUACGUUCAAACUCGUACCGCAAAGUCCCGGUCGAAUGCCUCCUCACUCAACGCCGGCUCAUCGACCACAAGAUCUGACUGUGGUUAAGACCGUACACUGCAGUACCGAUGACGAUGAAGAAGACAUCAUGAUUGAUGACGAAACUACUCCCAGCAACCAUUCGGUGUCCGUCAAGGUAAAAUCUAGUCAGAAGCCAAAAAAAGACACACUGACCACUAAAACGGGCAACGAGGAAAACAAAUUCUUGCAGUACCUGGAGUUGGACCCACCACUGUCGUCCAAUAGGGAUGGCAAAACCGGCAGAACUCCUUUCACGAUUACCAAACGGUUGUCGAAACCCUCGGGAUCCAGUUUUGGAUUUUCUAUAGCGUGGACACACCCCCCGAGGGUGGAAAGAGUGGAGUGUGGUUUGCCUGCGGAUCAAGCGGAUCUGAAGCCCGGAGAUUAUGUAGUAUUCAUCAAUAAAACUAACGUAGUGAUGAUGGCUGAAGACGACGUCAUGGAGUUGAUUAAAUCGUGUGGAAAUCAGCUGUCGUUGGAAGUGUACAACAAAACGACGACGGCCAACCGGAGGAGAAAUCAACCACCCCCGAGGUCAGCGUCCACCCCGGGCGUACUCAGCCUGGCGGCCGCAGCGGUCAGCCAGAGCGACACGACCGUUUCUCUGCAAGAGCCGCCCAGAAGAAGAUUUCACAUACCUCAAGUGACGUUCACGUCCGAGAACCUAUCCGGCGAUAUGGACUCGCAACUCAGGUGGAUUCAUCAACUUCUCACGGCCGAGCAACAAUUUGUGUUAUGUUUACAAUUCGGUAUUGGGAGGUAUCUUUUGCCGUUGGCCGAACGCAAAGACGUGCUCAAGUCUAAAGAACACGCGGCGUUAUUUCAAAACGUUCAAGAGCUGUUGCGCACCACCGAAGACACCCUGGAGCGUAUAAUCGACAAUGACUGGAAAAUGCUGGCGCGGAACACGUGCAAGGCGUACGUGAGGAAAAUCGAUCAGAUCAACGGAGCAUAUUACAAGUACUGUAAGGGCAUCAUUCACGCGGAUUGCGUACUCGUGGAAAAAAUACGAAAUUCCAGUUUUUUGGAACUCAUCAAAGACCCACCCAUACCCGACCGUAGGCCGGAUUUGAUCACGUUCAUUCACAAACCACUGGAGCAUUACAGAAACGUAUUAAAAUGCAUGCAACUCAUUCAAAUUAAUACGGAACACGACGACGAAGGUUUUGAAGCGUUGUCACACAUAGUACACGAGAUGCAGACGACAUAUCGGUUCAUAACUGUGGAAUCCGGUCUAAUGGAACCGGAAGUGGACGGGAAGCCUUUACUGUCGCUCAACGAUUUAGAAGCCCGUUUGGUAUUCACCAGGUGCAAGCCUUUUACGUUGAACACCCCUGACCGCCACUGGAUAUUCGCCGGCGACCUGAGCCGCGUCGAAGGACGGUCUGUCAGGUCAUACUGGGCGCUGUUGUUCUCCGACAUUUUGUUAUUCACCAAAGUUAGCAGGGACCGCGUGCUAUUUGUCACCGAUGAACCAUUGCCACUAUCAUCGAUUGCUCAAACUCAGUUCUCCGUCAAGAAAAAAGAUACCGAAUUCCGGUUGGUAAUUAGCAAUGGGUCGGACACAUCAUCGUGUCACAGUAGUCCGGCCAUGACCGGAUGCAGCCCUCUGUUUGCCGACCUGUCCGGCACUCUUUCGAGACUGCCGAAAAACAAAGGAAGAGUGAUCGUUCUCCGAGCGCCAAAGGCCGAACUGAAAGCUGUGUGGCAAAAUCUUAUUCAGAGACAAAUACUGACGAUGGAUAAAAACGCAUUCGCCGCGGACGGUAAGUGUAGGGGACCGUCGUCGUCGGAACCACCGGACUCGCCGGACGAUCUGUUGGCCAACUCGCUGGCCACGCUGGACGACGACGUCUACGCGGACAGGCUAAAGACGUUUGCCGCGUCGUUAGUGGACGAGAGGUGUCAGCGGAUGACCAAGAGUAGCACGUGCAACAAGGGCAAGGCGCUGCACAUAUCGCAGUGGAUAAAGGGCGAACUUGGAGGUAGCUUAUUUGACGGAGGCAGUAGUGGAGGUGGCGGAGGCGGCGGUUGCGAUGACGAUGACUUGGAACUGUGGUCCACGGAACAGAUGAACGCCAAACAGAUGGAGAUCGAACGUCGGUUGUCGUCGGCGGCCGCGGCCAGGGAUGGUAUAGAGACCGUCAUCGAGUACGCAACUGCGGCGGAAACCGUGUCGGUAGUCAGUAGUCCAGACGACAGUCAAAGAACCGUCGUGCCGGAAAACGUGUGCGACAAGUGUCAGAGGACGUGCGAUAUCAACGGGAACCAGCAGUCGGACGCUUUUCUCGACAUGGAUCCCGAAAACAAAUGGAAACCGUCCACAGUGUCCGUGUCCACAGACCUCAGCCCUUGUGAACCUUUUGGCCACAUCAAUAACAAUAGCAAUUAUGUCAACAACAAUACCGGAAAUGAUAACAAUAACGUAUUCGAUGACGACGAUGACGAUGACGAUGACGACGAUGACGACGACGACGGACUCGAACCAAAUCGACCGUACGCUUUGCUCGCUUCGUCACCACCACUACAGCGUAGUAGUCAUCAACAUUAUCAACAACAACAACAACAACAGAUUCGACUGCAACCACGGUUUUCGUCGACAUGCAGCCUGGAUAGAACUGGCACGAAUCGCGACCAUUCGACGGACAGUCUGGACAGAGUGGAGUAUUGUUCGACCACCGACUACCGAUGGCCCGAAGACUAUUGUCCCGUUACAGCCAGCUGUUGUCUACCAACCGACGAAGACUACAACUACGAUGCAUCGAGUGAAGAAUUCUGGGGAACGCCAAAUAGCAGCACUACUUCACCGCUGUCCAUCGAAGUGAAUUACCACGAAGAACGGCAAAUCGAAACGAUCUUUUCGACUCCAGUAGUAAUGUCGUCUACACCUAAAAAGAGACCGGCUCGAUUAGAACCUCUCAUCGAAGAAAUCGAAUCGUCAGACAACACUCCGUCGUACGAAUAUAAAGAAGUCGUUUACGGAGAAGGUCAGACUCUAUUGAACUUUAAGACCGGGCCCGUGGGCGGAUCCAAAGACAAACACUCUGCUGACAAAUCUAUCACUAAAAACUUAUUUAACAUGUUAUGGCGGACGUCCGGCAGGAGUCGUCCGAAGAGGGCUUGCAGCACCGAAUCUAAAAUAAGCGCAAAUUUUAUGCGGAGACGACGCGUUAAGUCCGAAAAGUCAAAACAAAACAAAGAAAUCAAACUCAAUCUAAUCGAAAGCGUAUAUUUAUUACUCUUUGGUUAACUAAGUACCUACCUAUAUUAUAUAAUAUAAACUCAUAUUAUAUAGGUAUUAACUAUUAGCGGUACAUCUUAUAGACAUAGUAACUGUCAUAUAUUUCUUUAUUAGUUACGUACCUAUUAUAUACCUUGUCACUUUGACAAUAUGUACAACGUACAUGGCUUAAAACCAAAAUAAACUUUGUAUUUUUUAUUUUUUGUGAUUUGAUUUAUUGGUAUUUUAUUACUAUUGUUUUCGUGAAAUGUAUAUAAUUUCGAUUUGAUUCUGCAAAUCAAAAAGUUUUUAUUAGAAUUUGAUUUAAAAUACCUAUCGUUAAAUAUAAAUGAUAUCGAUAUUAUUUCGAUUUAUUUUUUUUUGUAUCAAUCCAUUGGUAUUCAAAACUUAUUUAAAUACCAGUUUAAAGAGGCAUAUAAAGCCUCGUAAUUUUAAACCCAAUGCAAUAUAAUAUGUCAAUACGAUACAUUUAUAAAUAUUUGUUUUAGGUACAAACUUAGGUUUUAUUGCAUUUUUUAAAAUCAUAUUAAAACAAAAAUUAUACGCGGUUGUGCUAUGCUAAUAGACUGAUUAUUUUUUUGUAUUUAUAAUAUUGUUUUCAUUGUAUAAUAUGACGAUGGACGACGACAGUGCCUCGACAUAAUAUUUGGAUAUUCAACUUUAGCACGUUACAAAUCAUUCUCACUCGUUUUACUUCAAAAAACUAUUUUAUUUUUAUAUAUACCGAACUUACCUCAAGUCAUUGACUCAUUAAAACUUCGUUAUAGUAUAUUAUCAACAUAAAAUUAACCGUUGCAUUACAAUCAUUAAUCAAUGUAUACACUUGUUGACUGUUGCUUGGCUGUAAAAUAUUAUAUUAUAUUAUAUACCUUGGAGGUAUAUAAAUUAAUACAAUACUAUUUUAAAGCAACGAAAAAUAAAUAAUCUCUCUAAAUAUAUUAUAGUUACGUUAAUUAUUUGACAAUAUUGAAGUACAAGUGGUACGCGGGAUUUAUACAUAAUAUUAUGCUAUAAGCUUAACUACCCUUGUUGUUGUUAUAUUAUUAUUAUUGCUUUUCAAAUAUAUUAUAUUUAUAUUAUAAGAUAUUAUUUAAUAAAUAAAUGAUCAUACCUAUAGUUAAUAUGAGACCGCGGGUCAGUAUGAUUUUUGUUGUCGUCUGAUUUCUUUAUUUUACCACAUACAAUGGAAAAGUCUGAUACUCUGAUACAGUUACGAACAAUUACGAUCAGUUAAAGUACAUACCUAUAGUCUAUAUAGGUAUUCUAUUUAUAAAUUAUGAUUUUUUCGAUGACUGUUAUUUAUAUAAUACAUCUAUACACUAAUUUAAAAAAACUACAUAAGUAUUUUAAACAAUCAAAAAUGGUGUUUUUAACUGUUUUGUUCGUAAAUUUUAACUAUGGCUUCGUGAUAGGUUAGGUAUAACAUAUACGGUUAUACUUCAAUUAUGCCUAUUCGAUUUUCUCAAUGCCCUUUUACUAUUUGUCACAUUCUCGGUUUUAACCGUCCUUAGUUUUAACUAAUUUGACUAAAAUAAUUUGUUGAUAAGUUGUAGGUUGCAAUCAUGCGUGAAUGAAUGAUGAAUUAAAUUAACAACGUUUGACAUUAACAAUACUAUAAAUUAGGUAAUGAUGGUGAUACUAAUCAUGUACUACCCAACUAAAUCUAUGAACGCGGACAAACGAUUGCAUUUAUAUUUUAAUUUUAAGUGGACAAAAUCAGUUACAACUUAUUUUUAAGACAUUUAAUUACAUUUCUGGAUAGGUAAUCUAUUGUAAACCUAUCCAGGAUAAUAAUUUUCAAAAUGUUUUAAGUAAAGUAAAAACCUUACAAAAUGCUGUACCUAAUAAGACAAUGAACAAAAAUCAAUGUAAUAAAAUCUUAAUUCCUAAAAUCCAAACAAAUACAGCAGUACUUACCUAAGUUAAUAAUUAAUUAUUAUUUUGUGUAAACAAUUAUAUGAACCUCUUUUUCACCAAUUAAAUAUAUUUAUUUUUCAUAUUUAAGUAUUUUUUAAUUGUAAAAUUCCGAUUGUCGAAGUGUAUAUAUUUGAAACCCGUUUCUAAUCAAUAGUUAAAUGUACUUAUUAUAUAGGUAAGGAGUAGCCGUUGUAUGACAAAAUUUAAAAAUAGUUUUUCUAGAUACCUAAUUUUAUUUGUUUUUUUUUUUUAAAUUAUGUAUGUAUAGUCAAAUAAACAAACAUUAUUUGAUAAUAAAUUUAAAUUGUUAUGAACAUGGUUAAAUUUUUCCAGUGCCUUUAAAUCCUCUGUAAUCAUUGCAGCGAGUAGUCCCCUUUUCACGAUGUCCGAUAACGACAACGUAAUACCCAAAACCAAAAUAAAACAAUGAUUAAUUCAUAUGUAAAUUGAAACAGGUCCGUUUCCCCAGCCCCCCUAAAUUGGAAUUUCGAAUUUUCGUUUAUUCCAUAUGUUUGUAAGUCGUUUGUAAAGGUUUGUAAAGAUAUUUUUACCGUUUUUAAAGAAUUCGUUUUUCUAAAAAACAAAAAUUACCGAUGGAUGGCUGGGUAAUGCCCCAAAUUUUUAAAUUCCGAAUUUCCGUUUAUACCAUUCGAUUGUACUUCUUAUACACCUUUGUAUGAAGGGAUGUAAAGCUAAAGGUUAGUAUUAUUAUAUAAUUUUAUGUUUUUAAGUUUACUCAUGUACUAGAUUCUAAUAUAUGAAGCAGGGACUGGAACCUUGAUGAUUUGAACAGUUCCGGUUCCUGUUUGGCUUCCAGUAAAACUAAAAUUUCGGUUUCGGUUCUAGUUCGGAUCCCAGAAAAACUAAAAUUUAGGUUUCGGUUUCUUUUCGGU